GUCUGGUAAAGUUGCCCUCGGCACUAUAGCUCCAAAAUGUCCACGGCCGCCUUGACGCUGGCGAUGGAGCUCAUGGUGAAGACUGCUGAUACCAAACUGAAGGCUGCAAAUAAACUCAUGAAAAUCUGUGGCGUCAGAGAGAAGUACUUGAAGAAUCUUUCGGAGUUGGAGAAACUGCAGAAGGCCGAUAGUAAGCCCGGUGCGAGCGCCCCUACAGCCCGCGGCGGCAAGAAGGGCCGGAAGAGGAGAAGAAGGAAGCCAAGCUUUCCGCUGCCGGUGGGGAGGACGGCGCCGACAGCUCCAACAAGUCCGCCGACGAGAAGGAGCUCCUGGAGGUGACGGAGCAGUUCGCGGCGGCCGUCGCCGACCUCAACCAGCUGGACGAGCGCCUGGAGCGGGAGCGCGCGCAGUGCCGGCAGGCGGCGUGGCAGCUCGGCGCGGAGAA